AUGAUCAAAUACGUGUGGCAUGUGGCGGCACUGCUGAUAAUAUUCUGCUGGCUGCCAGCGACAAGUGCACGCAGCACCAGCUUCAAUCACAUCAAUGGAUUGGCAGCGGAGCAAAAGAGUCAACAGCCAGCGGUACAGUCAACUAACUCGGGUGCCUCGGCAACAGGAAUCUGGAAGGAUCUGUCCCUGGUGUACCGCAUUUAUCAGCAGUGCACGGGCGAAAACAUGUCCGUCUGCCUCAAGCUGAAGCUGCUGACUGGUCUGGAGAAGGCUUUCCGCACGGCCAGAUCGUUGCCACUGUUCGAGGGUAUACAGUUUGUGGCCAGCGGAGAUGAGAUGCAGAAGCGCGCUCAUCUGCCGCCAAUCACGGAGCAGGACAUUGAGGCGGUGCUGCCGCGUGGCUUUGAUGCCAAGGAUCAGGUCUUAAAUAGCAUGAUCAUGAAGCGUUUGGCUAGCUUUCUGCAGGAUCACACGCUACAGAUCAAGUUUCCCGAUUUGCGGGAUGCGGACAGCAACACGAUGGAGGGUCGCAAAAAGAAGGACAAGAAGGGAAGCGGUGCCUACAUAAUGAUUCCACUGCUACUCGGUGGCACCUUUGUGCCCAUUGCAUAUGGUGCCUUGGCCAUGCUGGCGGGCAAAGCUCUAAUUGUAUCCAAACUUGCCCUGGUGCUGGCCUCCAUCAUUGGCAUCAAGAAGCUACUCAGUGGCGGCGGCGGUGGCAAGGAAUCCUCGCACGAGGUUGUCGUCUCUUCUGGCGGUCAUUCCGGCUGGGGACGUGAUCUUGACUUGGCCUACAGCGGCUGGAAACCGGCCAAGGAGUCAGCGGGAAGCACCAAGAGCUUGUAGAGCAGUCGACAGCUUGCGGAUCUUGCAUUUGCAUUUGGACUUCGAUUGGGAGUGCUGAGAUUUGGAGUAAACCAAAGAAACGAUUGCCGCAUGAAUUGUCUGAAUAAGAAAUAAUGUUUAGCUUAAUUUGAUUAUGUACUUGUAUGUAUAACGAACUAAAUGUGUGUGUUAGGCCUAAGUAAGUGUUAACUAAAUAUAGUAAACUUUGCUAAAAAAAACCAAAAAAAAA